AGCUGGCCGAAUUUGUAUUACCAACGGGCAGUCUUGAGCCCGAUGCCUCCAUGUAGGGAACACCGUAUAUGUGUCUCCGAGAGUAGCCAGGAGCCUGGCUAAUUUCCUACCUUUAAUUUUGUGUGUGCUCCAACGUCUAUUCAAGGAUGAGCAUAAAAGAGUAUUAAGACACUUGAGUGAUUUGGUGGAUUUUCUAGACCUAAGCUGCAAUUCACUCUCAGAGAUGUGACCUCACUAGAAUUACUAGUGCAUGGGUUUAAGCUCAGUGUCAGCUAUAAUGAUUUGACGACAUGUAUAUACGACAACCACUCAUUAUUUAUCAGGACAGAAGUUAAUGUGUGUAUUUUACUGACGUGUCGAGUACCACACACCGAGUCCAAAGGUAGAUGAAGACUUGAGGCACGUACAGUGGUGGUGGUUGUGUACCUGGGAGAGGUGUGGUCGGUAUCCACUGUUGGUGACGACCAUCACAGAGCCCUCAUAAACACUCUCCUCGCCACGUUGGCAUCUCUCACCCUCGCCUUCCCAGCCUCAUCCCUCGCACAUACUCGCAGGAAGUUCUCACUGAGCGACGUACAGUGUGGGGUGGUGGGCGGAGCCGUGGCCAUCAGUGCCGUGGCUGACAUGAUGAUUGAGGCGUAUGGUGCACUGCUGCUGGGUGCCACUGUUAGUGCCACCUGUAUCCUUACACGGCGAUGGCUUGCUCCGGUGUUACGGAGGCGUGCGGGCGUGGAGGACACAGCUGGGGUGGGCGUGUCUCACGGGGUGGCGGGCGUGAUGGGCGGCCUUGCAGGUGUGGUCAUGGCUGCGGUGGCCAGCGAUACUGGUUCUUAUGGAUACAGGUGAGCGUGAUGGUGGUGAUUGUUAUGAUGGCGGUGAUUGUGGUAGUUGUAAUGACUGUGUUAGUUGCUGUGACUGUGGUAGUUGUUUUAUUGGUAGUUGGAAUUGUGACAACUGAAAUGUUUGUGGUACUUGUAGUGAUUGUGGUACUUGCAGUGAUUGUAGUUGUAGUGAUUGUUAUGGCAUUUGUAGUUAUUACAGUUAUGAUUGUGGUUGUUAUAGAGUUAAUUGUAGUAGGUGUAGUGAUUGUGUUAGUUGUAGUGAUGAGUGUGCUAGUUGUAAUAAUUGGGCUAGAUGCUGUGAUUGUGGUAGCUGUUGUGAUUUUGGUACUUGGUAAGAUUGUUGUGGUAAUUCUAAUGAUUGUUUUGAAUCUGGUAGUAGUGACUGUUUUAGUUGUAGUGAUUGUGGCAGUUGUAGCAGUUAUAAUGAUUGUUUUAAUUGUAGUGGUUGUGGUAGUUAUAGUGGCAUUGCAGGGAUCAACGACCCGUCCAUAACCAGGCCUCGUGGUGGAUCAGGGCUGGACUAAAAAGGCUAUUACUUCCGGUCGUACGCAAACCAACGUACGAACCACAGCCCGGCUGGUCAGGCACUUAAAGUGCCUGUCCAGCUCCCUCUUGA